GUCCAUUAUCGUAAUUUCAGCAUCAUCGGGUGUUAUAAUUAAAAGUAAAAACCCUGAAACAUUCCCAAGACGACGACGCAUUAAAGCCAGAACCAGACCCAGAUCGACCCACACAAACAUUUUCUUUCUCUUCUAUGGCUGUGUCUGAUGCUGUAGUGAGUAACCUAACGGUGCUGUAUGUGGCGGUGAUCGUCUGCAUCAAAGCGUACGGCUUCGUGUGCGGACGCAGCUUCGGCGGCGCCUUCGUCCUCCUCGUUUCCACUGCCACCGUCGCACUCAUUCUCGUAGCCACGCUCACCUGGGACGUCUCUCGUAAGGCCACCUACGCCUUCGCCGCCGAUCACUCUCCGCCGCCGUCUCCGCCGCACCACGCGCACGAGCCCUGCAAGGGUGGCAUCUGCUGGCACGGCGUCGCCGUGCGCUCGCCGGCAUCGCAGGUUCGCUUCCGACUCCCGCAGAAUCUUCCUCACACAACUUUGUGAUCAGUGAAUCCCUCAUCAUCAACACACAUGCCAACAGAAAAAAAAAA